GGCCGUCGAGUUUACACAAUAUGCGCGAGCAGAAGAGCAGGAAAACCGUGAUUCCCGACUUUAUUUCCGGCCUUUUCGUGUCUCCGACAGCCGCAGCAUGUAAAAACCAGACGACACGCCGCCAAACGCGAAGGCUGAGGCCGAACACUGGCUUUGUGUUUUGACCACGAGAAAUGUGGCGCUGACGAGAGGACUGACGAGACGUUUUUGUGUUUUGUUUAAAAAAAAACAAAAAAACAACAACAACAAAAAAAACAAAUGGAAAAGAGACACCCCGAAAUCUCUCCGUGGAUUUUACGCGGUUUUCUGCAUUGAUUCUCCUUUUUAAUCGGCGUGGAUGUUUGAAUUUUGGAUUCUCGCUUUGCGACUGUUCGAUCGCAGGAAGAACCGAGACUAAUCCCGCACUCGGCCGGGAUCACUACACUACACUACACUGCCUGUCUACCUCGACAUAUUGCUUACCAGGGAUUUAAACCGUCACGUGCUAGGAACGACGAGGCUUCAUCAAAAUUAAUGCUCGCUGUCUGAUCGCGUUACGAACUCAUUUGAAGAGAGCAAGAUGAGCACGGAAAGGCCGAAGAGAAAUAUCAUUCAGAAGAAAUUUGAUGAUAACGACGGGAUUCCCUGGUCAGAGGAGCGAGUUGUGCGGCGAGUGCUCUAUCUCUCGCUCAAAGAGUUCAAGAGGGCUCAGAAGAGCCGCGUCGACAAUGGAACAGGAAUUAUAAAGCGUUCCUUUGUGAACGGACAUCUCAAUGGGUCAGGAGUGAAAGCGGGACUUUUCGCGAGCGGGUGCAAGGCGGAACGGCCUCGGCGCUCCGCUCAGACCGACAGCGAAUUCUCAGGAGAAGGACCCGUGAGAAAGAGACCAAGGCUGCAAGCACAGAGGAAAUUUGCCCAAUCUCAGCCGAGCUCUCCUCACGCCACUCCGCUUAAACUCCUCGAGGCCGUACCACCCAGCCCUAGCCUUCCUCUCAGCGAUCUCACCAAGUGCAAACCCAAAACAGAGGACUUCCUCACCUUCCUCUGUCUAAGAGGUUCUGCCGCGUUGCCCAGUAACAUGAAGUACUUCGGGAGCGCGCACGACGACGAAGACGCUGACGAAGAAGAAGACGAAGAAGAGGAGGAGGAAGAAGAGGAGGAGGAAGAGGAGGAGGAGAAUGAACGGAGGAAACCGUCUGCUGGUAACAUCACAUCUUCCUGUCAGGUCUCUCCACGCAGGAGUAAAGCUUCGAGCAGAGUCGUCGCAAACGGAAACGUGUUUAAUGGGCAUUCCCGGCCAAGUGGGGAAAGGGAGAGAAGCCUGAGGGUCAGGGGGAAAGACAGAGUCCAAGGAAGGGAGAGGGGUUCAGAAACAACCAGGGCUUCAAGCACACACAAUCUCCGGCCCAGCAAGCCUGCACUGGAACACAAACAGCAGCCCCAUAAAGUGACCCGACCCCAGCGAGCCGCUUCAGCAAACAGUCGGAAGGCACGGAAGGAAGAUUUGCCACCGCUUCCCCUGACCAAAUCUGUGAAAUACCCCAAGGGCCAUGUGACCUACACCAAAGCCAGACUGUUGAAAGAGGCGAAGCUAGAGCUGAGUGCCCCGAGGCGGCACUUGGGUUCACAACACACCAACACACACCUUCAGCACAAUAACUCAGGAAAAGCCCAAACUGGUCGCAGCAGGACACAAAAACAGUUGCCACCAUCAUCCACAGUCAGACGCAGUGGACUGCGACAAUCGAAGAGGCAGCUGGAGAUGGCGGUGGUUAAACCGAGCCAAGCAGGGACUGAAGUGGAGGUCAAAAGGGUAAAGGUGCAGGUCAUUCCUCUGGAUACACGGAGCAGGAGAGCAGCUCAAAAGCCUUUGCAUACAGGAACAAUGGAACUGCGAGUAACGGGACCCCGGAGACCCAAACGAGCCUCUGCUGGGAAGUUACCGCUUGUCAAACGGACGCAGUGUAAAGCCACAUCUCGGGGCAAGAGCAGCUCCGCUACCUCAGCUCAUCAUCACCACAGGGACGUCCUGAAGCCAGCCACAAUUGCCAAACCAGCCAAGCCUCUGAGACCCAGCGAGCCUAUCAAAACAAACAAUCCUACUGACCCUACAGAGCCCAAAGUUGGUCAGGACAAGGAGCGAGGCAAAUGUGGCAUUGUACCCGAGAUGACAGAGGUUCCUGUGUUCCAUCCAAGCCCACGUGAAUUCCACGACCCUUUGGUGUACGUGGAGCUGGUACGAGAGCGGGCCGAGCCCUUUGGCCUCUUUCGUGUGGUUCCACCAGCUGGGUGGCGGCCUGAAUGCAAGCUGAAAGAGGAGAUGCGUUUUGUCUCGCAUGUGCAACAUGUGCACAAGCUGGGCCGACGCUGGGGCCCUAACGUGCAGCGAAUUGCCUGCAUCAAGAAACACCUGCGUGCUCAAGGCAUCAACAUGGAGGAGCCACCAUUAAUCGGUGGCUGUGAAUUGGACUUAGCCCGAUUCUUUCAGCUCCUGAAUGACAUGGGUGGCAUGCAGCAAGUGACAGACCUGAAGACGUGGGGCCGUCUCGCUGACCUGCUGGGCAUCCCACGCUCCGCACAGGACCGGCUCGCUAAACUGCAGGAGGCCUACUGCCAAUACCUGCUCUCUUAUGACUCACUGUCUCUGGCACAGCGGGCACAGCUGGAAAAGGACGUGCUGGCUGAGAAAGAGAGCCUGGAGAGGAGACACGGGCCCCUGGAGGGACAGGCAGACACAUUGCAACAUGCUGCACUGCUCCUACCACGCUGCGAACCCAAGAACGGCCUGGUGAACGGUGCUCUUCACCGGAGCGGCGUGCGAGAACGCCUCCGAGAGCUUGACCCCAUGGGCAGGAAUGGCCGCCUGGGACGGCAGGAGAGAAAAGAAGGUGGCAUACUGACUGAGCUGCACAAAUGCAUAUACAAGGGGAAAUCGUUCUCUCUAACAACUUUCUACCGGGCAGCCAGGAAUACCAUGAAUAUGUGCUUCAGCCAGGAGCCAGACACAGCUGAAGUAGAGCAAGAGUACUGGAGACUUGUAGAAGAAAAAGAAUGCCAUGUUGCAGUGCAUUGUGGGCGAGUGGAUUCAAAGACUCAUGGGAGUGGAUUUCCUGUGAGCAAGUCUGAGCCAUUUUCAAAGCAUGGAUGGAAUCUUACUGUGCUUUCCAAUAACUCAGGAUCCAUCUUGCGUCACCUUGGUGCUGUGCCAGGAGUGACCAUCCCCUGGCUGAAUAUAGGCAUGGUGUUUUCUACCUCAUGUUGGUCCAGGGACCAGAACAGCCUUCCAUACAUAGAUUAUCUACACACUGGUGCUGAUUGCAUUUGGUACUGUAUUCCUGCCGAUGAGAUGUCAAAACUUGACAAGGUAGUUCACACACUGCUGCAGGCCAACGGAACCCCCGGGCUCGAGAUGCUGGAGAAGAACAUUAUGAUCUCUCCAGAGGUGCUACGUCGAGAAGGGGUGAAGGUGCACCGGACGGUGCAGAAGAGCGGCCAGUUCAUGGUGUGUUUCCCUGGGACCUUCGUGUCCAAGGUGUGUUGUGGCUAUAGUGUGUCUGAGACAGUGCAUUUUGCCACAGCUGAGUGGAUGAAGUUGGGCUAUGAGGCAGCGAAGGACUUGAAGAGAAGGCGCAUAGAGGAACCGUUUUCCACGGAGAAACUGCUCUGCCAGAUCGUCAUGUCUGAACCAAGACAGGAAAACAAGCAUCUUCUGAACACAGCUUCCUCGCUUGUUGUAGAUCUCAGGGACACAGAGAUAAGCCAGCGGCGGCAGCUUUUUAAUGCCGGACUCAGGCUGUCUGCCCGUUACGGAAACCAGCCUGAUGGGCAGUUUCCCACAGAGAGGAAGAAAAUGCACCGCACCAGACUGAGCGAAGACAUGGCUGACCGACGCUGCCAGGUGUGCCAGCACCUCUGCUACCUCUCCAUGGUGGUUCAUGAAAAUGAUAACGUGGUGUUCUGCCUGGAGUGCGCGCUUCGCUACAUUCAGAAGCGCAGAUCCCCUCGAGGUCUGAAAAUGAUGUUUCGUUACACUGAGGAGCAGCUCGGCAGUUUGGUAAAUCAGGUGUGCGGGAAAACGUCCGAAAGGGCUGGGGAGAAGCGGAAAGCGGCUCAUCCCAACACGCCACCAGCAAAACGAAGUCCCCGAAACAAGAGCCCCAACCAGACCUCGCUCUCACGCCCAGCCUCCAAAAACGCCAAACUGUCCUGACCAAACCGUUCGAC